AUGGAAUCUAUGAACCACGACAAUCCCAAUCCGGAAGCACCGAUGAGAGCCACCAUUGAAUACAAAAAUGGUAAGACGUUAAUGACACAAGGACCACAAGCAUUGCAUGAACACGUUGCUUCUCGCAUGGAAAAGGCAUUAGGUCGAGCACUUCCUCAAAUGGAAGUACGGUAUAAGGAUGUCUCCAUCUCGGCCGAUAUUACUGUCAAAGAUGAAACAAACCUUAAAGUCGAGCUGCCCACGCUUGCGAAUGAGCUCAUGAGAAGUAUACGAGGUCUAGCCGCCACGAAACACACAGUCAAGAAACAGAUCCUCAAAAACGUCAGUGGUGUCUUCAAACCAGGCACCAUUACACUCGUGCUUGGUCAGCCUGGAUCUGGUAAAUCAUCGCUUAUGAAGCUGCUAAGUGGUAGAUUUCCUACCCAAAAAAACGUCACUAUACAAGGUGAAGUGACGUACAACGGCACACCAGCCAAUGAAUUGCUUCGACGUUUGCCACAAUUCGUCUCGUAUGUCACUCAGAGAGACAAACAUUAUCCGUCACUGACAGUCAAAGAGACACUAGAAUUCGCACACGCUUGUUGUGGUGGAGGUUUCUCAGAACGCGAUGCUCAGCACUAUGUCAAUGGUACACCAGAAGAAAAUCAAGCUGCACUGGACGCUGCCAGGGCCAUGUUCAAGCAUUACCCGGAUAUUGUUAUCCAACAGCUGGGACUUGAAAAUUGCCAGAAUACAAUUGUCGGUGAUGCUAUGAUCCGUGGUGUGUCCGGAGGAGAGCGGAAGCGUGUGACUACUGGCGAAAUGGAGUUUGGUAAUAGGUGUGUCAUGAUGAUGGAUGAGAUUAGCACGGGGCUUGAUAGCGCUGCUACCUUUGACAUUAUUUCGACACAACGUAGUAUUGCCAAAAAGUUUCGCAAGACCAUUGUCAUCUCAUUAUUGCAACCAUCACCCGAGGUUUUUGAGCUUUUUGAUGACAUUGUUAUUCUGAAUGAUGGCUACAUCAUGUACCAUGGUCCUCGAGCGGAGGCCUUGACGUACUUUGAAAACCUUGGCUUCAAGUGUCCUCCACGUCGUGAUGUUGCCGAUUUCCUAUUGGAUCUGGGCACCGAUAAGCAGGGGCAGUACGAAGUCAAUUCAAUUCCAAUGAACAACAUCCCGCAUAAACCGAGUCAAUACGCGGAUGCCUUUACUCGUUCACACAUCUACGGACAAAUGAUGGAAGAACUUCAUAGUCCAGUACCACCAAAUUUGAUUGAAGACAAGAUUAAGCAUAUUGAUCCAAUUCCCGAGUUCCAUCAAGACUUUUUGGAAAGUACUAUUGGCGUUGUGCGACGUCAGAUUACACUCACAAUGCGCGACACGGCAUUUCUUGCUGGCCGCUCCGUCAUGGUGAUAUUGAUGGGCUUAUUGUACGCGAGCGUAUUUUACCAAUUCAAUGAGACCGAAGCUCAGUUAGUAAUGGGUCUCAUUUUUAAUGCUGUUCUGUUUGUGUCGCUGGGACAGCAGGCACAAAUUCCAGUUUUCAUCGCAGCACGUGAGGUCUUUUACAAGCAACGCCGAUCCAACUUUUUCCGUACCUCAUCGUUUGUUCUUUCAAAUUCCGUGAGUCAAAUUCCAUUGGGCUUUGCUGAGUGCCUGGUCUUUGGAACCAUUUUGUAUUGGAUGUGUGGAUACGUUUCCACUGCAAAAGCUUUUCUUCUGUUCGAGGUGAUGCUAUUUCUGACAAAUCUCGCCAUGUCCGCAUGGUUUUUCUUUUUGUCGUGUGCCUCACCAAACUUGAACAUUGCCAACCCGAUUUCAAUGGUUUCGAUCCUUUUCUUUAUCCUCUUCGCUGGAUUCGUUAUUACCAAAGAUCAAAUUCCUGAUUAUCUCAUUUGGAUUUACUGGAUAAAUCCCAUGGCGUGGGGAAUCCGAGCCUUAGCGGUGAAUCAGUACACAGACUCGAGCUUUGACACGUGUGUAUACGAUGGUGUUGACUAUUGCACUGACUACAACAUGACAAUGGGAGAUUACUCUCUGUCGACGUUCGAGGUGCCAACAGACAAAUUCUGGCUGUGGUACGGCAUGGUUUUCAUGGGGGCAUCAUACAUAUCCUUUAUGUUCAUGUCGUUCAUUGCUUUGGAGUACCACCGCUUUGAAAGCCCAGAAAAUGUGACACUUGAUUCUGAAAAUAAUGGAGAGACUUCGGACAGCUAUGGACUCGUUCGUACGCCACGUGCCUCACAGAAUGGAAGCGAUGCUGUGGUCUCAGUGAGUCCCGACAGAGAAAAGCACUUUAUUCCAGUUACGCUUGCAUUCAAGGAUUUGUGGUAUUCUGUUCCUGACCCGACCAAUCCUAAAGAAACCAUAGAUUUACUUAAAGGCAUCAGUGGAUAUGCUCUUCCUGGUACCAUCACUGCACUGAUGGGAUCUUCAGGUGCUGGCAAGACUACACUUAUGGAUGUUAUCGCCGGUCGAAAAACCGGAGGAAAGAUAAAGGGCCAAAUCUUACUCAAUGGUUAUCCCGCUUCCGACCUCGCCAUCCGUCGAUCCACUGGAUACUGCGAGCAGAUGGAUAUCCAUUCCGAAUCGGCCACAAUUCGCGAGGCUCUCACGUUUAGUGCAUUUUUGCGCCAAGGGGCCGAUGUACCGGAUAGUAACAAGCACGAUUCAGUGAACGAAUGUCUUGACCUUCUGGAUUUGCAUCCUAUUGCUGACCAGAUCAUUCGUGGAAGCUCCGUGGAGCAGAUGAAGCGAUUGACUAUUGGUGUAGAGUUGGCAGCUCAACCGAGUGUUUUGUUCUUGGAUGAGCCUACCAGUGGCCUUGACGCUCGCUCUGCAAAACUCAUUAUGGACGGAGUUCGCAAAGUGGCGAAUACAGGCCGCACGGUCAUCUGCACGAUCCAUCAGCCAUCGACAGAAGUGUUUAGCAUUUUCGACUGUCUUUUAUUGCUUAAGCGUGGUGGUCAGACGGUUUUUUCGGGCGAGCUAGGCAAGAAUGCAAGCGCAAUGAUCGCAUACUUUGAGUCAAUCGAUGGUGUGGCGAAACUUGAAGACAAUUACAAUCCUGCAACUUGGAUGCUAGAAGUGGUUGGCGCCGGUGUUGGCAACAGCAACGGUGACAAAACCGACUUUGUCAAAGUUUUCCAGAUGAGUCGAAACUUUGAGAUAUUGCAAUCGAAUCUAAAUCGCGAAGGCGUGAUCAGUCCGUCUCCUUUGUACCCCGAACUGAGCUUUAGCGAUAAGCGCGCUGCGACUGAGAUGACCCAGGCGAGGUUUUUGCUCGAGCGCUUCUUUCGAAUGUAUUGGCGCACGGCAUCUUACAAUUUGACGCGUUUCAGUCUCUAUAUUAUCCUUGGAAUUGUGUUUGGCAUUACGUAUGUCAGUGCAGAAUACGUAUCGUACGCCGGCGUUAAUUCAGGCAUGGGUAUGCUCUUCAGCACAACUGCAUUUCUUGGAUUCAUCGCUUUCAGUAGCGUCACGCCCGUUGCGUCAGAAGAUCGUCUUGCUUUUUACCGUGAGCGCGCAUCCCAAACGUAUAAUGCACUGUGGUAUUUUGUCGGAGCCACUGUGGUGGAGAUCCCGUAUGUCUUUUUUGGAACAAUACUUUUCAUGAUUCCUUACUUCCCGAUGGUUGGUUUCACGGGUGUAGCCACAUUUUUCGCCUAUUGGGUUCACUUGUCAAUGUUUGUGCUGUUUCAAGCUUACUUCGGACAGUUCAUGUCGUAUUUUAUGCCGACUGUCGAAGUUGCGACGAUCUUCGGUGUGCUGCUUCAGAUGAUUUUCUUUCUCUUCACUGGUUUUAACCCUCCUGGAGAUUCAAUUCCAACAGGAUACAAAUGGCUUUACCACAUUACACCGCACAAAUAUGCAUUGGCAUUAGCAACGUCUUUAGUCUUUGGAGAUUGCCCAAGUGAUGGAGAUGGCUCCGAGAUUGGUUGUCAAGUCAUGACGGACACGCCACCUUCCCUUCGUGACAACCUGACGGUGAAAGAGUAUGUUGAAGAGAUCUUUCUGAUGAAGCACAGUGAGAUUUGGAAAAAUUUUGGGAUCGUAUUUGCAUUCAUCAUAGUAUUUCGUCUGCUAGCGUUGUGGGCGCUGCGCUACGUUAACCACCAGAAGAAAUAG